GAAGCCGAAGAAGAGCGAAUAAUUUUCUGUUUACUUUUUAAGAUAAAUGAAGGCUCGUCUAUCUCAUGUGCGUUUUCAUAUAACUUUUAUUUUAUUUAGCGGAAAAAGCACAGAUAUAUCUGUAUAAUAUUUAAUGUGUUUCCCCUAAAAGCCGCUCAAACAUCUCGCACGUGUUUCUCAUUUCCAUUCAGUUGUUUUUAAACGCAGGAACUCAUAUAAGCGUGGGAAGCAGACAUGGCAGUUUUCCCUCAGCUGUCAAUGAAUCCAGAAGUGCGGGAACAUCUACAUAAAGUUUACACCAAUGCCGAGGUGGUAUCUGAGCUGGGUGCAGAUGUAGCGGAGCAGCAGUUUGAGGCUCUGCUGUGGUGUUUGUCUCAUCCUCCUCUUUACACCUGUCUGAGGGUCAGCACACACCUGUGCCCAUUGCGGGACGUCCAACAACGACUGCAGCAGCACCUGGAACAGACUCAGAGCAGAUGUCCAGCUGUUCACACUCACCCUGAGCUUCCAGAUGUGCUGCUGCUUCCUGUCUGCGGCCCCAGGCCUGUGGAGCCUGUGGCGUCUGCAGUGAUAGUGGGCUCUCAGUGUGGCAGUGCAGUUCUCAGAGGAGCUCAUGUGUUCACGCCGGGCAUCAUCAGCACACACAAGUACAUGAAAGCAGGUGAUGUGGUGUCUGUGUUCUCUGACGUGGAGGGAAAAUGCACACGAGGAGCCACAGAGUUCAAUGGGAAGAAGGUGUUUGUGGGUAACGGAGUCUCAGAGGUCAAUCGCUCAGAGUUAUUCAGCUCCGAUAAACCCGGCAGAGGUUUGGCCAUCAGGAUGACUGAGCCUCUCUAUCAGAGCCCUUCAUUUGAUGGAGUUCUUACAGACGAGCUCUUUCUGCAGAACCUGCCGUCGGUGGUUGUUGGUCAUGUUUUAGGGCCUCGGCCUGGAGAGCGAGUGCUGGACAUGUGUGCCGCUCCUGGAGGAAAAACCACACACAUCGCUUCUCUCAUGGGCAACCAGGGUGUCGUUGUGGCCUUGGAAAAAGUUCGUUCUAAGAUGGAGAAGAUCCUUCAAAAUGCACAGAUGCUGAAGUUAGACUGUAUUAAAGCGUAUUGCUGUAACAGUAUAAAUGCUGUGAGCUCUGACCCUGCGCAGGGAUACACUGAAGCUCCGCCGUUCCUGGAGGAGAGUUUUGACCGGAUUUUGUUAGACGCUCCAUGCAGUGGUUUGGGUCAAAGACCAAACAUGAGCUACAGCUGGAGUCUGAAAGAAGUGUGUUCAUACCAGCCUCUGCAGAGAAAGCUCUUUACCACGGCGGUUCGUCUGUUAAAGUCAGGAGGUGUUCUGGUCUACAGCACCUGUACUGUGACUCUGGCAGAGAAUGAAGAGCAGGUGUCCUGGGCCCUCAAGACCUUCCCCUGUUUAACACUUCAACCACAGGUUCCUCAUGUGGGAUCAGAGGGCAUGCUGGGAGCCGGUCUGUCAUGUGAGCAGCGGCGGCUCCUGCAGAGGUUUCGUCCAGAAUUGUGCUGGACAGGAGAGAGUUUCACACACUCGCCAGAGAAACUCCUGCAGGACGCAAACAAGGACACCAUCGGCUUCUUCAUCGCAAAGUUCAGCAAGAGAUAGUGGAGCUGCUCUUUGCAGGCCACUGCGGCUGCGGUCACUGCGCUCAGUUUGUCCAGCAGUGGAGUGGACGGAGCAGCACUGGGAGGAUGAGUGGACUUCCAGUACAGCUCCAGAUAGUCGGCCAUGUGCUCGCAGGCGUCUUCCAGCUGAUUCUCAUCCAGAAUAAUGUCAAAGAGCUCCUGUAGGGAGGAGAAAGAAACAUUUAUUGGUGCUGCGUCCCAAUUCACCUAAUAAACCCUCUUUACAAGACUGUUAUGACGUGUUUAACGCUCAUCAGCAUCUUAAAUCCUUGAAAGUUUUUAAUAUUUUCAUUUUUUAUUAAAAAACAUAUGAACAUUAACACGAUUUUCUGUAUGUGUUAUAUCAUCUUUGCUUCAAAUUGCAAAAAGCUAAUUCCUGCUUGUGUGAGGUGUGUGUAAUGCAGUGUCUAUGGGGCAGGACAGUAAAUCUGACGUUAUUCUCUCUUCUGGCUGCUGUUAUCAGUCUCACUGUCACGUUCAUCAGCGAUCAUAACUCCCAGAUCGCUGGAUCUCACACACAAACACACAUGGACUACAAUUCCUCCAUUAAUGGACUACAUAUUCAGUCAUGCCACACACAUACUCACACCUGCUCCAAGUCUCUACUGAUUACACUCGCACCACCUGAGCAUUGUCAAAGACUGAUUACAGACACUACUUAAACAGCACACACUCUCAUUUCCAUUGCCAAGUCUUGUUAGCUGUAAAGUGACAUUACAACGUGUUUCCCUUAGUCUUGUUCCUCCGUGUUUUUGAUCUUUGCCUGGUUUCCCUUUCUCCUUGUCUGCCGCCUGUCUACCGACCUCUCGCCUGUGUUUGACUAUGAUUCUGGACUGCCUUUAUACAUCUGUUUGCACCUGUGUUGACCAUUGCCUCCCUGACUUUGAAUAAACCUGCACGUGGAUCCUAAA